GGUAAACAAAACAGAAAAAUGUGCAAACUGUUGACGGGACCUCACAUCCAGAGGAGAGAAAGAGAGGCAGCAGGAAAGGAUUCAGAAGAAGGAUGAGGGAAAAUCAGACAUCAUCAUCCUAAGUGGGGCAUCACUAUCAUCUUCCUUGGCCAACCUCUCCGCCGCCACCAUAAGGAUGUCUUCGUGAGGUCCAACUGGCAUUGACAUGGUGACCUGUGUUCCUACUGGGAGAUGGAAUGCUUCUCAUCCGGAGAACUUGUCUUAGUGACAUUGGCAGAGAUGGACUUCCAUUCUUCUCUAUGAUCUGUGUGGUGGGGAUGGGGGAUGUUGACCAUGAGGCUGGAUUAAGAGGAACAACAGUUCAUCGCUCCAUGGAGAUGUGUCCCUGGAUUGGUUUUGUACUCUCAUGAGAAGCUACAGGUUCGGUGUCUCCUGACAGCUUCCGUUGCAAUCUCGUCAAAGUGGCUGGACGAUUUACCUGUCUUUCUAGAGAGGUAUGGUAACGGGUGGUGGGACCUUCUCUGAUUCUCUCUGUUCUCUACUUGUGGUGUAUGAAUGGUUGUGAUGAUGAUGGUCAUUGAUCUGGACAGCUUUAAAAAAAGGGAUGAGAUGAAUUCAUGGAGGAUAAGGCUAUCAAUGGCUAUGUUUUGCCUCCACUAUCAGAGACAAUAUGCCUCUGAAUACCAGCUGGUGGAAACCACCAGUGGGGAGAGUAUUGUUGCUCUCAGGUCCUGUUUGUGAGCUUUCUGUUGGGGCAUCUGGUUUGCUGCUGCGAAAACAGCUGUGCUGGCUGGGGCUGAUGGGAGCUGUAGUCUAAAACAACUGGAAGAGGAAGUUGAGGAAGGUUGGUCUAGAAUUUUCAAGCUCAUGAAUUUCCUUGGGGUUCUCUGGCUGUCCUUGUUAGAAACCAGAUGCUAGAAAAGGAACACCCAGGAACAACUCCCCUACGUGGAAAGUGUCUGGGACUUCUUAGUUUAGAAAAAAGGCGAGUCAGAGAUAACAUGAUAGAAGUUGAUGCUUGGCAUGGGGAAAGUGGAGAGAGGAAAGUUCGUCCCCCCUUCUCAUAAUACUAGAACCCAAUGGAGACUAUCCAAUGAAGCUGAAUGUUGGAAGAUUCAGGAGAGAUAAAAGAAAGUACUUGCUCUUGCAGUGCAUAGUUAAACUGUGGAACUCCCUCCCACAUGAGGGAGCGAUUUCCACAAACUUGAAUGGCUUUAAAAGAGUAUUAGACAAAUUCAUGGAGGGGAAGGCUGUCAAUGGCUGCUAGUCAUGUUGGCUAAGCUCUGCCUAGUCAAUCAAAGGCAGUAAUGCUUCUGAAUACCACUUGCUAGAAACCAUGGGUGGGGGGUGGAGCUCUUGUGCUUGGCUCCUGCUUGCUGGCUUUCUGCAGGUUCUGCAGGUUGGCCACUGUGAGAACAGGAUGCUGAGCUAUAUGGUCCAUGGGCCAGAUCCAGCAGGCAGUUAUGUUGCUCAUAGUGGAAGUGUAUUUGUCAGUAUGUGUGUGUGAGAGCGCUGGGGGGUCCUUCUCAAUUGUCACUCAUUUUUCAGGCAAGGCCCCCCUCUGCCUUUGAAGUAUGCACCAGAUCCUGAUCUUGGCUUCCUUAUGUCUCUCCUCUCUUCCGGAAAUCCCCGCUAUUUACCAAAAGCCAACUGGAAAUCCAGGUGUGUAAGUCUCAUACAAACACACAGAGAUGACUCUGCCUGAUUUCGCAUAUAACCACAGCAGGAGAAGAACUGGAUCUCUGAGCACAGUGGUUCCCAAAGUUGGUGGGUAAUGCCUCCUGGGGGGAAUUAACUAGGGGGUGCUGAGAAGUAAGGGGGUGGUAGAGGGGCACUGGAGGCAUAAAUAUCAGACUUUGAGAUGCUGGUAUCACGGGUCACAUUCAUCGACUUUGUUGUAUUAGUUAAUCAUGCUAAAUCAUUUUAAGUGGAUUUUGAAUAAAUGCCCAUCUCACAAUGAGGCCAGGUUGCCUGUUUUUACCUAUGUGGAUGAUCAGCUGAUUGUUGGGGCCUCCAACAGCCCUCUCAGCCCUUCGUCUGCCCCCCAUCCAAAGCCAUAUAUCACGGCUCAGCACACAUUCAGUUUUAACCCUUGCAAUGGCCACCAUUCUAUGGCACACCUCACUUUUAUCAACAGUUUAUUUAGCACUAAAACACUGUCCUGGCAAUAUUUUUUAAAAAUAAAUAAAUCAGGGCCAAAUAAUUCAAGGAGCUGAGGUUUGUGAAGGGUGCUGAGAGUUGUCAGGAGGCCACUAUUCCUAUCACAGAAAUACAACUCCCUCUUCUGAAGGAGAAAAUUCCUUUUGUGGGUUCAAUACAGAGGCUCACCCCAAAUUCCCAGUUUAUCAGACUUUAUUCAGUAAUGCAUUUCCAUUAUGGCACAUUGUGUUUAGGAAAAAUACAUCAUCUAAGCUGUUUCAUCCUCUAGCCGACCGACCACCUUCUGCCAGUCCACCACCUCCAACCAGAGUCUCUUAACACAACCCAAGGGUUUGUUUGUUUUUUUGCUGUAUGCACCUUUUCUGGAGUUAUUUUCCACUGUACCAUUCAGCCCUUAGGUUCCUGCUAACAACUGCUUCUUUCUCGCUUUGUGGUCAGGACGCCCUGGCUUUCCUGAAGACGGGGUUUGCAGAAUUUCUACCUCGCUUCACAGGGAACUCUGGGAAUUGUAGCUCUGUGGAGGUAAUAGGGGGUCCCCUAACAGCGCUCAGGACCUUUAAGAAACAACAGCUCCCAGAGUUCUUUGAGGGAAGCCAUGCCUGUUUAAGUGGCGCCAUAGUGCUUUAAAGGUAUGGUGUGUAUGUGGCCGUACUGAAGUGGCCUUCCUUCCUUCCUUCCUUCCUUCCUUCCUUCCCUCUCACCCACAGCAACACCAGCGCCCCUCCAAUACCUGCUGCAGCCAAUGACCAAGCUAGUGCACACUCAGAGAGGAGCCACCGUCACCCUGCCCUGCAUCCUGAGGACGCUACCCCCAAACUACAAGGUCAGGUGGAGCAAAGUGGAACCGGCCGAAUACAUGGAGGUUGUCAUUCUGAUCACCAGCGGGGUGCACCACAAAACCUACGGCCCGCUGGGCAGCCGGGCCCGACUGAGGCGCAGCCACCGCUACGAUGCCUCGCUGACCAUCUCUGACGUGGCACUGGAUGAUGAGGGGCGCUACCGCUGCCAGCUGAUCAACGGCCUGGAGGAUGAGAGCAUAUCUCUGGUCCUGCAGUUAGAUGGUAAGGGGACUGGUGCGGCCGUUUUCCUGAGGGCAUGAGAAGUCGUCAUCUUCUUCUUCUUCUUCUAGAGAGCCAAUGUGGUGUAGUGGUUAAGAGCGGUAGACUCGUAAUCUGGGGAACCGGGUUCGCAUCUCCGCUCCUCCACAUGCAACUGCUGGGUGACCUUGGGCUAGUACACUUCUUUGAAGUCUCUCAGCCCCACUCACCUCACAGUGUGUUUGUUGUUGGGGAGGAAGGGAAAGGAGAAUGUUAGCCGCUUUGAGACUCCUUCGGGCAGUGAUAAAGCGGGAUACUCUUCUUCUUCAAUUAAAUUAAAUUUAUAUACUGCUCUUCCGAAGAUCACAGGGCAAUUUGCAAAAUAUAGAUCUAUGGAGGCCUUGCAAGACAGGUUGGAACCAGUGUGCAAGUAUAAGCCAGUGUUGUGUAGUGGUUAGAGUGUCAGACUAGGACUUGGGAGAGAUAAGCAUUCAAAUUCCCUCCUAGCCGGCAAUGAAGCUCACUGCCUCUCAAUGCUUUAAAUAUAUAGUGUAAGUGGGGCCAAUGUUAAGAUUAUCACUAUGUAUAGUUACUGAGCAAUGCUAAGCCUGUUAUGUUAACACUCACCCUCUGCCUUUUAUUUUCAGUUUGUACUUUCAAAUAAAUUUAAUAAUGAAAUACUUAUUUUAAAAAAGGUAACUCAAGGCUCAUCACCCCCUACUCACCUCCUUCCCAAAAUUCUCUUACUCCUUCUCUCCAGGAAUUGUCUUCCCCUACCAGACCAGCCAAGGGCGCUACAAAUUCAACUAUUUUGAGGCCAAAAAGGCUUGUCAAGAGCAGGACUCCCGCCUGGCAAACUACGGGCAACUUUAUAAAGGUAACCCAAUUUUUGCCAAUGUUUUCUUACUCACCUGCUAGGGAUGGCUUUUAUUGCUUUGCUUUGUUUUGGUUGGGUUGUGGGGUUUAUUUGCUGCUGUGUCUUUGCUGUUCUUCAGUGAGGUUUUUUCAUGUUUUGUUAUUUUGGAUAUGAGCUUUUUAAAAAUGAGGGGUGGUAUAUCAAUGUUUUAAUAAAGAAACAGCAAUCAUGCUGUGGUUGCUGAAGAGGCCCCAGUCUUGUGGAGCAAUCUGCCAAUUGAAAUUCAGUAGGCACCUUCUGUCUUAACUUUUAAACGCACGCUGAAAACUUUUCUAUUCCGUCCAGUUUAUGCAGGCAAUUAAUAAUAAUUUUUUCCACAGUUGUUAAGCUCAUUUCUGAUUUUAUUUUUUAUGUGCUUUUUAAUGUGUGGUUUUAUGUACAAUUGUUGUAAACCACUUUAAUAGUUUUUUAAAAGAAUAUGAAUAGCAAUAUAUAACUAUUUUUUACAAAUAAACAAAUAGCUCCUCUGAAAGUUCCAAGGGCCCUCCAAAUUGGCAGGGGGUUUUGUGGGUGCAUUUUUGUGACAUGUCAUUGAUACUAUAGGUGCAUUCAUGGUUGAUUUAUACUGGACCAUCCACACAUUAUUUUGGUUUAUUAGUUCUCCUCCAAUGUUUCCCCAGUUUUACAUUAUUGCCAUCUUGCAGGAUAGUGCAGCAAAAGCAGGACAGGAAUAAAAAUCAAACACCAAAAAUGUUUGUGGCAUAAAAAUACAGGAUUCCAGGAGGAAGCUACAAGACUGGCACUGACGGGAAACAAGGCAGCAGUACUGAAAGUGGGAUUGUGUGUGACUGCCCCGAAACCAUCUAAAAAUAGACAAAGCCUUUGUUUGUGUUUCAGCCAAACUGUGUCUUUUUUUUUGGAAUGAACAAGAAACACUCAUGACUCUUUCUCCUUCCGAAAGGAAAAGGGAAACCCUGAAAUGCCCUCCUUUGUUUCUUGACUGAUUGCUUGUUUUUGUUAUCCUGCACCUUGCACUUUUAGAAACAACCUAAUGAAGCUUGUUCUGGCAUAGAUAGAGAUGGUGAGAACAAGCAUCCCCUGACUGGUUGAUGGAUGUUGCUUCAAGGUGCAGGGAAUGGAUCAGAGGAAGCAACUGGCGCUCAGUUAACUCGCUGUAUUGCAUUUGUUGCUUCCUCUUCACUUAGCUUGGACAGAAGGGCUGGACUGGUGCAACGCAGGAUGGGUCAUGGAAGGAACAGUCCAUUACCCCAUCAUUAACUCCCGCGAGCCCUGUGGGGGACGUCUUCUUCUCCCAGGGGUUCGAAGUUAUGGCGCCAGGGACAAGCUGAAAGAUCGGUUUGAUGCCUUCUGUUUCAGUUCAGCUGUGAAAGGUAUGUGGGUGCAGACGAAGCCAGAGGCUUGGCGUGAUUCAUAUACGAAGCAAAUUUCUAGCCCCUACUCUUAGAAAUAAACUUGUUUAUGUAGCUCAGAUUAAUGCUUCUCAGCAGUUGUUUCCUGGACUCUGUGUGCAUCUCUGGACAAGCAGUUUUUCUCUCCUCGGUCCUUUCACCUUUCAGUAAAAAGUGGCAUUCUGCCUCGUAAGAGUGUUGUGAGGCUAGCGCUCUAGGUUUCAUAACCUUUCCCAAACCAAGCGCCCAAGCAUAAUUUGUUUGGGCUUGACACAGACUUGUAACAUACCCUUAAGCUCUCCCUCACCCCCUUUCCUAUCCCAUAUAGACAAUCUCAUAAGUCAUGAACGAAAAAAUUCAAUUUUAUGGCAUUAAAAGGCCAUAUAUUUUUAUGCUUUAUUUUUCUAGUCUUUUUCAUUUUGAAAUCAUCAGUGACUUCUCUAAAGUAGCACUAUGCCGAAACAAUUUUGAUGAAAUAUUUCCUCCCCCUACCAAAGCGGCUUCUAUUCCACCACCUUCAUUCUUUAGAUAUUAUCUGUUGAUUCUUGUGGGUCCCUUCCAAACCUGUGAUCCUGUGUAUGUGGGGUCAGAAUCUAUGAGAGGAACCUGCUGAACCAAUCAGACUAUCCUCUUUGUUAAAGUAGUGGCCUUGGCUGGCUAGUUAAGUACCAUCAUUUACAUGCCCAAGAAGGUGGGCAUAUAGACAAAUGGGUAGGCCUCCCCCCCCCCCCCCGCACCCUGGGUGGAGGCUACAUCAUCCUAGGCGGCUUGUCUUGCUUUUGUGCUGGAUUCCAAAGCUGUGGCUGCGAGAUAUACCUGGAAAACUAAUGGGGAAGCAAGAUCUGUUGGAGUGUUAUUGCUGUGUGCCCCUCCAUCCUAGGGAGUAUAUAUGUUGUAUAUGUGAGUAAAUAAAACCAUAUAUCCUAAAAAUACCAUAGUCUCCAUCGACCUUCAUUCCAAGGAGACCAAACUCUGGGAAAACACAGACGUCCCUGGAGUCUCUCAUUGCCUGGAGAUUGGGGUGUGUGCAACAAUGUGUAGGAUACCUGUUAAAAUAUUAUUCUGGUUCCUCAGAUUUUAAUGCUGAGCAGGAAGGAACUAAUGAAUACUGGGGCUUGUAGUCUUUCUGCCCUGCUCCCUGCCAUUUGCUAGUCUUUUCAUACCCUGGCAGUUUCCACAAGCUGUGCAAUUCUCCUAUAUUAUUUAUUGAAUGCAUUUCUAUUGGCCUUUCUCAGACUGGGAUUCAAGGCGCAUUUCAAACCAGCAAUUAAAACACAGUUUGCUUUGAUGGCGGCCCAGUGAUCAGCUUCGUCUGUCCCUUAGUUUCCAAAGGCCUGUCUGAACAGGAAGGUCUCAGCGUGCCGGCAGAAGGUGAUACAAAGAGGGAACCAGUCUAGCCUCUCUUGGGAGGGAAUCCCACAAUCUGGGAGCAGCCACAGAAAAGGCUCUCUCUCAGGUCAUCACAAAUCAUGUUUAUGGGACAGAUAGAAGGUGCUCACCCAAGGAUCUUGGCACCAAGGCAGAUUUGUAUAGGGAGAUAGUAACUUUAAGGUGGCUUGGGUUUCAAGCCAUUUAGGGCUUUAUAAGUCAUAACCAGCACUUUGUGCCCAGAAAUGGACUGGUAGCCAGAGAAGUUGUUUUAGCAAGGAAGUAACAUAUUCCCUGUGGCUCCAGUCAGCAGUCUGGCUGCAGCAUUUUGGAUUAGCUGAAGCUUUUGAACACUUUUCAAGGGCAGCCCCAUAUUGAGCAUAUUACAGCAGUCCAGCCGGGUCGUAGCUAAAUCCUUUGUGCAUUGACUCUAACUCCCUCAACAUCAUUUCCUGCUUCUGCUUCUUUCCCCUCUGCUCCUCUGCCCAGGCCGGGUCUAUUUCAUCCGGGGCCACAUGAAUUUCAAGGAAGCCACUCAAGCCUGCCGCAACGACAGGGCUGCCAUCGCCAAAGUCGGGCAGCUGUACGCUGCGUGGAAAUUCUCCCAGCUGGACCGCUGUGACGGAGGCUGGCUUGAUGACGGCAGUGUGCGCUUUCCGAUCAACAUUCCCCGUGCCCACUGCGGGGGGCUCACAAAUCCCAGCGUCCACAGCUUUGGAUUUCCCAGCAAGUUACGGAAGAAAUAUGGAGUCUACUGCUUCUCAGUGAAGUAGAGAGGAUGAGAGAGACAGAGAAGUUUAGAUGCCAGCUAGGCCCAAAGAGGACCACACAAAAUGACACACAUACAACCCUUUUGCAAAAGAUCUCUUUCCCCAAGGACACCCUUGGAGGGUGUUGGUAUGACAUCGCACAGGGGCUGUUCCUCACCAUGACUUUUCUAUGAUCCCUAUCUUAAUCUAAGGAUGGAGUUCAUAGGUCACAGACUUUGGAAUCACACAAACUGCCGUUGUGUAUUCAAGUGUAGGUAUUUUUGGAGCCUUGUCCUGACUUUUUCUUCUUGAAUUUGUACAACCUCUACAUUUUUCCUAGGUUUGGAAAGAAAUGUCCCACCCACCACUGACACUUGGGGUCUAUGUCUCUCUCUCUGUGCCUGUUUACAUGCACACUCAGAACCAGUUUGUUCUCAGUGUGCCAGAUCCCAUUAUCUUGCCCCAAUUAAUGCAAUACUUGACUGCUUUUAGUAAUAAAGUGAAUACCUCCCAAAACAGGCACUAACUUUGCAACAAAUGUCCUGUUAAUAUGGACAUUUGCUUGCAAACCCAGCCAUUGCUUCACUACCUUAUUAAGUAUUCUUUUAAAAAAUAUCUAAACCUGGAAUCUUGAUUUUUAUUCUUCCUGACUUUGUACAACCUCCAGUUUUUCAGUUUUGAAGAAAGGUAUCCUGCCCACCUCAGCCAUCUACUGACACUUGGGCCCAUCUAGAAUUCUUCGGAGGAAGUCAUGACUGGUUAAAGUGAUAUUGUAGUUCUUUAAAUUAUCAGAGAUCAAGGACACUUACUAGAGGAGCCUGGAGCUGAUUUGAAUUGGGAGUCUAAGCAGCUGGGGCUGAUGGAAAUUGUUUGUGAACACAGGAUUUUAUUUGAGAUCUGGGAACAGAAACAAGAUGUGGAUCGAGUGUGAAAUCUGGAAAACAGUGGGGCGAUCAGGAGUUAUGGGGAAGGAAUCAGGAGCCAGGUGAUCCAUUCCAAAAAGCAGGAGGCAAAUUGCGACUUCUAUAAAGAGGUCUGCAGCAUAAAAUUUCAUCAGGAGCACAGGAAACAAUGCACCAUUCUAGACAUGGAUGCAGGAAAAGCUAGGAGGGUCAGAGGGCAGUUUGUCUGGCAACAAGUCUUCAACUUCUGUCUGUGUGGCUGUUUUUCCGCCUUCGCCACACUUACCUUUUGCCUUGCUCUUUCCAGACACAGGUCCAUGCUUUAAAGCUCUGUGUCUGAGGGCCCUUUUUCCCUCUCUAGAGCUUUCCAUGCAAAAACUGCUCUUUAGUGCUCAAUUGGAGCAAACAGCAAUUUAGGGUGUCUGUGGAUUGCCAUUUGCUCUGAUUCAGCUUUAAAGAGCAGGUUUUUGCAGGGAAAGUUCCGGAGAAAAAAGGGUGCUCAGACACAGUGCUUUUAAGAGUGGACUGUGCCUGGAAAGAGCAGAGGAAAUAUGUGUGGAUAAGAAGUGUGAGUCUUUGGCAAAUGCUGGAUGCCCACAUUUUCCAAUCAGCAUGAGCCUCAGCCACACGUCCCCAUCUAGAGACCACUUUUUUAGUGUUCAGCACCAAAGAUUAAAAAGUUUGACAAACAUCCAUUCAUUUUUUAAAAAAAAGUCUUGCUUAGGCAAAUUAUAUAGGGUGAAACCUAAAGGAGGGAGGAAUCCCCUCCCCCCAACAGCCAAGUGGAGACUGAGCAUGCUCAAUAGGCAUGGCAUGUUGGCUGCCUGUUGUGUGUAUAUAGGAGGAAUGGAAAAUCUGGUUGGGAUGCUGGGGAAUGGAAUGGAGUACCCUAGAAAAAAGCUGGCUGGUUGGAACCUGGAACAGGAACAUCCCAUGUUGCAAGUUUCUGUUGCAGGUCCUGCUUGAUAGCUACAGUGGCCAGUUGGCCUUCCAUAUUCAGAGGCAUUAUACACUUCUGAAUGCUAAGUGCUAAGACAGAAACAACAGAGGGAUGUUGUUUUUGCAUUCUGCUUUUAUGCUUCUCAAAGGUAUCUGGCUGUUGGAGGAAGAGUAUGAUCUAGGUCAAUCUCAAAAUAACACAAUGUAAGGAGGCUCUUAACUGUCAUAUUAUGCCUAGAAGAUGGCUUAGAGUAACAUUUGCCAAUCUGGUACCCUCCAAACUGGAUUACAAUGUGCUGACUGGAGCUGAUGGAAGUUGUAGUCCAACAACAUUUGGAGGACACUAGGUUGAUGAAGACUGGUCCAGAGUGUUCCAUUCUGUGACUAAUCACACUUAGUGAUAUGUGCUUUCUUGCACAUGGAUGCAAAGGGACAUUUUAAUAAGUAAAUGUAAAUACAUAAACUAUUCAGUUACAUUGUGCAUGUGCAGAGUGCUUUGUACCCUCAAACUUGGGAUUUACUUCUAAAUAAACAUGCUGAGGAAGGAGUGAAGAGUGUUGUUACUGUGAUUAAUGGAAUCUUUCUUCAGGGAGAGAAAGCCAUUGAAUUCCAUUGCACAUCAGAAAAGUUUAUAGAAAGCUAGCUAUUCCCCACCCCACCCCCUGCCUGCCAGCGUGGUGGAAAGAACCAGCUUGCUGAAUGCAAUUGUAAUCUGCACCACCAGGAGAUUUUCAGUUCUUUCUUCCAUCUCUCAUUCUCCAUGACAGAUGCCCAACCUUCUUCAGAAGGUUCAGAAAAAGGGCAACUUUUAUGAAGAAAGGUUGCAACAUUUGGGACUUUUUAGUUUAGAGAAAAGGCAAGUACUGUAAGAGGUGACAUGAUAGAAAUUUAUAAAAUUAUGCACAGCAUGGGAAGGGGGAACACAGAAAAGUUUUUCUCUCUCAUAACACUAGAACAUGUGGCUAUCCAGUGAAGCUGAAAGUUGGAAGAUUCAGAACAGAUAAAACAAAUGAUUUAUUCACGCAGCACAUUAUUAAUCUAUGGAACUUGCUCUCACAGGAAGUAGUGACGGCCUUAAAAGAGGAUAAGACCUAUUUAUGGAGGAGAGGGGUAUCCAUGGCUGCUAGCCAUGAUAGCUAUGCUCUGCCUCCAUGGUCAGAGGCAGUGAUGCUUUCACAUACCAAUUGCUGGCAUCCACAGGAGGGGAGAGGGCUCUUGUACUUAGGUCCUGCUUAUGGGUUUCCCAUUGGGGCAUCUGGCUAGCCAGUUGAGAACAGGCUGCUGGACGAGAUGGGCCAAUGGCCUGAUCCAGCAGGCUCUUCUUAUGUUAUUGCAUCCUUCUUUCCACCCACCCCACCCUACCCUGGUUCUUAGCAAGGACAGCCCACGUGCUGAUACUUUUGUUUGGAUACAGUCAUUCAGCUAGUUUGGGCCAGUCUUUGCUUUGUGACAGAUGACUAGUUAAUAUUCCAGAAUGACUGGCUAAUAUUUCACCUUUUAACAUAUAGUUAGGAGGAAACAGGAUUUCCCAAGGACAGGGAAACUCUGGAUUUAGCAGGGAGAAACCUGGAGAAAACAGCUGCUUCCGGUGAAGAUUGUACAGAUGAGGGAGAACACAUGGAAGGGGCACAUAUUCCACAUUAAGCUGAGGUGUGGAUGGGGCCUAGGUCUCCAGGGUUUCAGGCAAGAGUCUUUCCUAGCCCUACCUGGAGAAGCCAGGAAUCACAUGACAAAAUAAAAAUGAAGGACAUGCUCCCCAAAGCUUGGUAUAUAGAACCCCAUUAUGAGAGAGACAGUUAUGCUAGUUCAGUUUUGGCAGAGAGAGAAAGAGGGAGAAAAAUGCUCAUUGCACAAAGUAAAAAGUUAUAUUUUAUAUUGUCGCUGAGAAAGAGGGUGUCUUUAAAAGGAAAUAUUUAGUUAUUAGAAUUUCUUUAUAUAUACACUCAUAU